UACGUGCGGUUUGCAGCCAUUUUUUUUAAGAGGUGGGGCUUUGCCGGUAGACGCACCGCUAGCCUUUCUGGCCUUCACCUGAGGGUCGGAGGUGCCCGCGGCGCACGUGCGACGGAUACGCCCACCCCCGUGGGAGGCGGGGUCGUGCUCAGAACCAAUGAGAGCUCGGGGGGGGGUGGAGGGUCGGGAAGUUUCCAGAGGCAGAUAGAGAAGAGGUUAUAAAGGGGCUACCGACGAACGUCUGGCAGAAUCAUGCAGUCUAAGCGGGAGUGUGAGCUCUGGUGCGAGAGAGUGAAUCCAGAGAACAAGGCGGCGCUGGAGGCGUGGGUCAGGGAGACGGGCAUCCGCCUGGUGCAGGUGAACGGGCAGAGGAAGUACGGCGGGCCACCCCCAGGCUGGGUGGGCAGCCCGCCGCCGGCCGGGUCAGAAGUGUUUAUCGGGCGGCUGCCGCAGGACGUGUACGAACACCAGCUGAUCCCGCUGUUCCAGCGCGUGGGCCGCCUCUACGAGUUCCGCCUGAUGAUGACUUUCAGCGGCCUGAAUCGCGGCUUCGCGUACGCCCGGUACAGCUCGCGGCGCGGCGCCCAGGCCGCCAUCGCCACGCUGCAUAACCACCCGCUGCGGCCCUCCUGCCUGCUGCUGGUGUGCCGCAGCACGGAGAAGUGCGAGCUGUGCGUGGACGGGCUGCCGCCGGGCCUGAGCCGCAGAGCGCUGCUGUUCGCGCUGCAGCCGCUGAACUCCGGCCUGCAGGAGGCGCUGCUGUUGCCCAGCCCCGGGCCAGCACGCACUCAGAUGGCGCUGCUCAAGUUCAGUUCGCACCACGCCGCCGCUAUGGCCAAAAAGGCCCUGGUGGAAGGGCAGUCAUGCCUGGGUGGAGAGCAGGUGGCAGUGGAUUGGCUCAAGCCGGAGCAGAAGCAUCAUCUCCGCCUGCAGCUCUUAGGACCAUCUGUCCAGUACCUACAGCCACUAGGCAGCCAGUUAGCCCUAGCAAGGGAGAGGCUAGAGUCCCAAGGGGCUCGAGCUGCCCUGCAGCUGCUGUGCCAACGGAUGAAACUGGGCAGCCCAGUAUUCCUCACCAAGUGUUUGGGUGUAGGCCCUGUUGGCUGGUACCACUUCUGGUACCAGGUGGUGAUCCCUGGGCAUCCAGUGCCCUUCAGUGGCCUCAUCUGGGUUGUGCUGGCCCCAGAUGGGCAGAAUGGGCAUGAGGUGGCCAAGGAUGCUGUGUCUGCACGGCUGCUGGCAACACUGAGUGAGUCUGGAGCCAGCUUCCUAGGGUCUGUUGGGGCUGAGGCAGUUACUAUGGUUAAGCAGUGACCCCGUCCUCUUCACAGGCAGCCUGAACAAGUAGGCAUGUCAGUCUUCAGGCCUGACACAGCCUCCCAUCUGGGGCAGGGCCCUAUGGCACCUGGGGGGCAACUCAGGUUUGGCUAAGUUGUGGAGGGAGCUUGCCCUUCCCCUUCCAGGGUCUGACCUGAUUCCAUCGUCUUCCACCCUUUUGUGUAUGAUGCACACUCCCCUUUUCCUCCCACAACUUAGCAUGAAUCUUAUUUCUUGUUUAUUUGUUGGUUUUUAUUUGGGGGCUGGCUGAGCCAAAGGGUCAGAAAUUGGACUUCUGUCCCCAGCACUUGGCAUUCUGGUUUUGAUAUGAGUGUGGUUUUGAGUUUUUCUAUGCUGGUUGUAUUUAUAUUAAACCCCUGGUUGGUAUA